CUCCCGAGAAACGCCUGUCCCACUUCUAAAGCAACCAUCACCCAUCAUCGCCCUUUUUCUAUCAUAGCGAAUAUUCCAUUGUGCGUUGAUUUGUGAACCAACAUAUCAACGCUACAACGACGAUCAUGGAUUCGACAAUUGCCCCUAAACCACGGCCUCGGCCCGCCCAUACCCAAGGAACUACUCGCUGUGCCUACACUCCCGAUGGAAGUCGUCUCAUCACAGUCGGCUCCAACAACACUAUUCGUCUCUACAAAACAGGAUCUGAUGGAGAACCGAUCAAUAUUGAUGAUUGUCAGGAACAGAACAUGGCUGUUGCCGCUGGUGACGAAUUCUUUGUCGUUGGUUCUGAGGACGGCACCGUCAGCUUAUACUCCCUCGAGACAAAUACCUUUGAGCGCUUCCUUACUCGAACUGUACUGCCGAUUCGCGAUGUUGCAUUGACGACUGAUCGCCAAUGGUGUGCCGUGGCAAGUGAUGAGUUGAGUGUUAAGAUUGUGAACACAAAGGACAUCACACAGGUCAAGCACCUUCGAGAGCAUGCCCGGGCUGUACGAAAUGUUAGCUUCGAUCCUCAAGGGCGAUUGGUUGCACUUUCUGGCACCGACGGAAUUGUUUAUAUAUACUCACUCACAGCCAAGGAGCCAGAGUUGAUUCGAAAGGUGGAUGGUAUCAUUGGUGCUAUCGACGGAGACAGCGAGACCUCAACACGCGUUGCAUGGCACCCAGACGGUAGAGCAUUCGCCCUACCGACACCCGUUCGAGACAUCCAGAUCAUCUCCAAGAAUGAUUGGGAGAAACAAAGAACUUUCGCCAACGGGCAUUUGGCUGAUAUCACUGCCAUCGCCUGGUCGCCCAAUGGUGCGAUGCUGGCGUCAGCGAGCAAAGAUGGAAAGGUGCUCAUUUGGGAGACCAAGACACAGUCCGUUAUUGCAAGAUACGACUAUUCCAAUGUCAUUGACGUUGUGUGGCACCCUACCAAGAACAUUCUCUCCUUCACAACCACUGAUGGAGAAGUCUACAUCUACCCAGAUUUCCUAACAGACCAGUUCUCACCUCUACUGAAACUGGCUACGCAGCCUGCACCCUUCAUCCACGACCCCCUUGCCGAACUAUCUGCGAACCGAAGACCGCCUCCAGUCAAUGGUCAGAAGCAACAAGGUCUGCCAACAAGACCCCGAAGGGAGUCACUUGGAAGUCUUGACUCAUUCCUUGAAGGUGGAGAUGGAUAUGGUGACGACGAUUUCGUGGAGGACGAUGACGGUGCUGGAUACACUGUUGGACAAGGCCAGAAACGACCUCGGGACGGUGACGAUGGGUAUGGUGCCUCAAAUAAGCGUCGUCAUAUGCUUGAACCGCAAUACCACGAAGCAUUUCAACCAGGAGCGACUCCCUGGCGAGGGAACCGCAAGUACCUUUGUCUGAACUUGAUUGGUUUCGUCUGGACAGUCGAUCAGGACUCACACCACACUGUCACAGUUGAGUUCUACGAUCACGAAUUCCAUCGGGACUUUCACUUUAGCGAUACCUUCCUCUACGACAAGGCCUGCCUGACUGAGCAUGGUACACUCUUCUCAUGUCCACCUAAAGAUGAUGCCCCUGCAGUCAUUUUCUAUCGACCACACGAAACAUGGACGCAACGAUUUGACUGGCGCAUUGAACUACCCAAAGACGAAGCUGUGACAGCCAUGUCUUUGAGUGAGUCGUUCAUUACAGUCACAACUAGCGCCAACUAUGUACGAGUAUACACCCUAUUUGGCAUGCCAUAUCGUGUAUAUAGACCCAAGAGCACACCAAUGGUGACAUGUGCAAGCUGGAGGGAUUACGUAUUGACCAUGGGUAACGGACCCAUGGGCGCGGAUGGUAACACUCGUCUCUUGUACACCAUUGAGAAUGUCAAGAGAGACGAGAUCUGCCAGAAUGAAGAUACAGUAGCUCUUCCCGAGGGCGCCACACUCAAGAGCGUCUUCUUCUCGGACAAUGGUGACCCCUGUAUCUACGACUCAACAGGCACUCUUCUUACACUUCUUCACUGGCGACAACCUUCAAGGGCUUCGUGGGUGCCUCUUCUAGACACGAAACUGCUCGACCGUCUAGCCUCGGGUCGCAAGAACGAGUCGUACUUCCCUAUUGCAGUAGCUGAUAACAAGUUUCACUGUAUCAUUCUCAAGGGUGGUGACCAGUACCCCUAUUUCCCUCGUCCACUUCUGUCUGAAUUCGACUUCUCCAUCCCUAUAUCAUCAGCGCCCAAAACGAAGCGCAAAGCCCGAGAGGGAUCGGAAGAUCUUGACAUGGCCGAUGGCGAUGAACACAAGGAUGAAGAAGAGGAUGGUUCUUCAGAAACUCGCAAGCUCGAGCAGCAGUUCAUGCUUCAUAACGUGAAGGCAGCUCAGCUCCGAGAUCUGGUGGAGGCUACAUCAGGCAGUCACACGCAACGUUCGCAACUCUCACGUCUUGAACUCGAGAUCGACAAGACUCUUCUGCAACUCCUGGCGGUCGAGUGUCGUGAAGGUGAAGAGCGAGGCAUGCGUGCGCUGGAGAUGGUACAGCUCAUGCGAGACCGUACAGGUCGCAUGAUGGAGGCUGCUGGUAGAGUGGCUGAGAGAUAUGGAAGGACGAUCUUGGGAGAAAAGAUUCGUGAAGUUGGUGAGAAACGGAUUGAAGGAUUGGAAGAUGAUGACUUUCCAUAAUGUGAAGGGUGACUCUGGAUGAUGCCGUGAUAUGGAUUUGGGUUAUGUAUAGCAUUGGAGGAUCUUGUCGUUCGGAUUCGAACAUGGCAGAUAAUGAAUAUCAUCAUUACAUCAAAAGAACA